AUGGCGCUGUGGUACUCCCUAGGAAUUGCCUUUUUUGCUGCUAUCGGCACAUUUCUGUUUGGGUUUGAUACAGGCAUUGCUACAACAACCAUCGCCCACCAAAGCUGGAUUAACUAUAUGAACAAGCCCUCAAAUGGACUCACAGGAGCCGUUGUUUCAGUCUAUAUAGCCGGUGAGGCACUCGGAGCCCUAACCCAAACGGCAGUCGGCGACAAACUAGGACGAAUCCGAUUUAUGCAGAUGAUGUGUGUUAUUGUAACGAUUGGCACAGUCAUCCAAACAGCCUCGAUAAACAUAGGAAUGUUCCUGGCCGGCCGCGUACUAGCCGGAUACGCAGUGGGAGGAUUGGUUGCCACAGUCCCCAUCUAUCUUAGCGAAAUAUCCGACCCUCGUUACCGCGGGCUUAUAGGCGGGAUUUCAGGUUGCGGUAUCUCCUUCGGUACAAUGGCAUCUAACUGGGUUGGAUAUGCCUGCAGCUAUGCCCCAUAUGGACCCGUUCAGUGGCGUCUCCCACUUGGGAUUCAGAUACCCUGGGGCAUCAUCAUGUUCAUUGGUCUAGCGACGUUUAUGCCAAAUUCACCUCGACAGCUGAUCCGCAAUGGAAAGACUGAACAGGCCAUGAAUGAGUUCGCCCGAAUCCGUCGUGGGCUGCUCACGCAUGAGAUGGAACAGGAAUUUUCUCUCAUGCGGGGGCAAAUCGAGUAUGAGAUGGAGAGGGAGAUUAAAUCGUACCGGGAGAUCUUUAUAAUGUUCCGGUCUCGGGUUUUGGUGUCUAUUGCUGUGCAGACCAUGACAUCUCUCACUGGAGUAAAUGUGAUCCAAUACUAUCAAACUAUUUUGUAUAAGUCUCUGGGAAUCGGAUCUCACAGCAUCCUCGCUCUCGCAGCAGUAUAUGGAACAAUAGCUUUCAUUUCAAAUUCCAUCACGACAAGAUAUUUGACAGACCAAUGGGGCCGUCGAAAGAUGAUACUCACUGGUUUAGCAGGAAUCGUUCUCAUCGAGAUCUAUGCAGCAGUAAUGCAGCGAGAAUUCCAAAAUACAGACAAUCGUAUUGGAAAGGGAUUUGCGAUUCUAGGAAUUUAUCUCUUUGUUGUUUGUUACUAUGGUAUGCUCAAUAGUACUACAUGGCUCUACGGUGCAGAGGUACUACCUAUCGCUCUACGAAGCAAAGUCAUGGGGCUUGCGGCUGCAUCGCACUUUAUUGUCAACGUCGCAAUAACUGAAGCUGGCCCAGUCGCCUUCUCAACCAUCCAUGAAAAUUACUAUUAUGUCUUCGUGGCAUGCUCCGCCUUUUUCUUCUGUGUGGCCUAUCUAUACUUCCCGGAAACCAAGCAAAAGACGCUCGAAGAAGUUGCAGCUGCAUUUGGAGAUAAGGUCAUAUUGGCAGAUGCAGGACCUAAGCGUGGGUCAAUGGAUUGGCAGACAGAGCAUAUCGAAAGGUCG